AUGGUGGCAUCAACCGCUGCCCAACAUGAAGAACUCAUGCCGCCUCCAUUACGAACUCGCCGAUCAUCAACUCAGCUAAUACAAGGUGUCAUGCAGAGUGCUCCAGGUACACGCUCUCGUCUCCCAUCCGAUGUACCGCCAUUAAACAAUUCCAUCAUCAUAUUCGACGAGGACGACGAAAUCCACAUGGACAGUUCCAACAACCGUUUAAACAUUGACGCAAAUUCAACCAGUCAGGAAUUACGAAAACAUGCAAGCAGUAUAUCUCAUCCUGCUGCUGUAUUGGGUGUCUUUGAGAAAUGGGCUCUCUUGCAAAAUCAAGGGCUGGCUGCCUCUCGUAAAAAUAGUAGUGAUGAGCAUGGCAAUGGCCAACAUGUGGCGACAGAGUACGAUGAACUUUGUAUGGAGGUGCUGACAGCGUUGGGUGAAUUGGAAGCAUCCAUGGAGGAAGUUAUGAGAUGGAAGGAUGGUUUUAUUAGCAAUCAGGGUGUUCCUUCUGUCGUUAAGCUCAAGCUUGUCAUUAUGUUUACAAGGCUGUUUAGAAGCAAAUCGGAUUUACAUGAACCCCUGUUUGAGCUUAUAAAGCAAGUCAAGGUCUAUUCUCAGCCGUGGCAGGAAAGGAGGGAGGCAUUGCUUGCUAUUGAACACGACUUUGAAAAUCAAAAACACUUAGUGGAUGUAGCUAUUCGUAGAGUCGAACAUUUGGAAUCGCAAAUAGCGAGGAUGAAGAGUGAACGACGGAUUGCUAUGUGGGAGAGGCUUACACUUCGGAUGCUUGAGAAAGAGUCCAUGAAGAGACAACAACUGGCUGCCAAUUCAAAAUUUAAUGCUGCAUUGUCGUAUCCUGAAAAUGUGGAAGAAGAUGAUGCUCGUCCAGCCACAAGACCAAUAACACCUUCGAUUCGCUUUGACGGUGAACUCACUCCUCGUAAAUCAGUAGUCAUCAAAGACUCGGUGACGUUUGAAUCUCCAAGACCAUCCAGCCCGACCAGAGAGUCUACCCUGAAAGAGGAAAUGAACGCAAGAUCCUUAGAGUCUAUAGCGUCGUCCAAGUCGAAUUUGGAACGUCAGUCUGAAGAGACACAAACAGACUCGGAGCUUCCAGAAUCGAACCUAGUAUUAUCGGAAUCUAGUAAACCUCCAAGCGCUCCAGUUACCGUCACACCAGCCAAGAUAUCAUCAUCAGACUUUUUCAUAUCCGAUGAGCCAUCAUGGAAGGCACCCAAAUUUACUCAUGAUGCACUCGCAGAGUUUGAAAAGACUCUGCACACCCAACAUCCCAAUAUCGAGAAACAGCUCGCCGAACUCCGAGACCUGAAUGGCAGAGGAGCUGUCAAGAGUAUCAAAGCAGAUCUACCACCAGUAGUACUAGUCAAACGUGGUAUCAAACCUGAAUCACCAUUGAUUCGAGGAUGGACAGUCACAGACACUGCAGACUUUAACAGGACGAAUUUGCAGUCUGCUUUAACUGGUGACAUGCCUUCGUGGCUCAGUUUUGAUGGAGAUGUGCAUGUUGGUCGGCAUGUGGGACAGUCGAAAGACACGAUUAGUCUGAGUGCACGAGAAUCAGAAACUAGCAACGGGAAUGCUAAUGGUCUUGCGUUCACAGCCAAUGUUGUGGAGCUGACGUCUCCGUCACCGCCACGACAAAAUUCAAAUCCACCUCUUCCUGCACAGUAUCGACAAGUUCAGGAUGCGAAUGAAGCCAAGAUGAAGGCUAUGGAUGACAAUUAUAGCUCACGAAUCGCAGAGCUCUCUGCCAAAAUACUGGCAACUGCUGACAAGCCCAUGUCUCUCCUAUGCCCAUUACCAAUGAAUGGCGGCGCACUAAGCACCAUUGCCUCCAAAGCAAGCUCACUGGGCAGCCUCUCAUCAAGCCCAUCAACGUCCUUAUCGCAAAUAUCACCAAAUCCAACCAAAGUGGCCUCCGUCGCAUCAAAUCGGCCGGAACAACCUGUUAGACCAUAUGCACCAAUACGAGCAGCUUCCAUAGCUGCUGUUCCAUCUCAUCAGCAGUCAUCACAAAACGUCGCACAACAAAUCCAACCACGAAUGUCGAUUGCCACGGCAAGGUCUUCCAGCACUCGAAAUUCAGAGACUGGUAGCGAGGCGUCUGUUGUGGCUCAAAAGUCCAUGCAUGCCGAGUUCAUGCCACAUCCUGGUGCUGUUAAGGCUUCGGUGCCUAUUGAGGCUGUUAUGAGACAUGUGGUUGAAAGUGUAAGGAUUUUACCACAAGCUGAAUCAAGACAUUACGCUUCACCGCAAUCUCAAUCCAGACAACCUUCAACAACUUCAACAACUCAUCCAUCCACCAUCAACUUGUUUGAUUCUGCCAGGAAGAGAAGCACUAUGAGAUAA